AUGGGGGACAUCCCGCCAGGCGUCGACUUGUCCCAAAUACCUCUUGCGCCCAACCCGAAUGGUGACCCUCCUAACUUUGAUGGCGGCCCCAAUCUAGAGACGACGAUUUUGGCAACUGGCAUUGUUUUCAUUUCUGUAAGCUCGAUAUUCGUGCUCAUUCGGCUAGGAACAGACCUGAAAAACACCCGCAAACUUCACCUUGAUGAUUAUUUUUGCCUCGUGGGAGAAUUAGCCGGAAUAGCGUACUGGUUCAUAUUAUACGAAUUGCAAGUCAAACAUGGCAUUGCCAAACAUUCGUGGGAUAUUGCUGCAAGCACUAUCACACCCUCAGUGAUGAAGGGUCAAUCCGCCGCUCAAGUUCUGACGUCUAUCGCAAACCCUCUGGUGAAAGGCUCUAUUCUCCUCUUCUUCCUCCGACUGUUUGGUACCUUACGAUGGGUUCGAGUCCUCUGCUAUGGGCUUUUCGUUGCAACACUAGUCCUCUACGGGGCGUACCUUAUUGCCUUAUUGUCUCUCUGUAUACCGGCUCGCGGCGAUCCGUGGGAUAGCGUUUUGCUUGCUAGAUGUGGUAAAACUUCGCCGGCAACAAUCACUAUUGGUGUCUGCGCUGUGAUUAUCGACCUCUCUAUAUUUAUCAUGCCCUUAUUCAUCGUGGCGGGACUCAACCUCAAGCCGGAGAGAAAAAGGGCCCUCGCAAUCGUGUUUCUCGCUGGAUUUCUUAUCGUUGUAACCAGCGUAGUCGGUCUUGCGUAUAGAGCUAUUGUGAGCAGCGGUACCGCGGACCCAAUUUGGACUGGUGCCAAGAUUUCAAUCACGGCAUAUGUUGAAAUUUUCGGCACUGUUAUUGUCAGCUGCACCCCAACUUUAUCAUCGUUCUGGUUUAGCAUUUUCGUCAAAUCUAGUUUCUACUCUAGCCUUCGAUCUAGACUCUCCCUGUCAAAACUCCAAGGCCGGUCAACAUCAUCGGGUAGUUCAAACCCCAGAUACCACGAUCCAACGCAUAGUCCCUCGGCGGAUGCUGAGUACUGUUCUCAAUGCGAACACUGCCAGGGAUCUAAGCCUGAACACACGCCUUCGUCUACGCAGGAGCUGGUAGAAACUCCAAUUGCCCCCUCGGGGUCCAUACAGAUGUCUACCAUGAUAACCCAAUAUUCUUUCGAUGAUUCAUAUGGGGCUCAUGUGGACCAGAGCAACCAGAAAAGGAUGAAAAAUAUUGUUAGAGACGAGUGGUGA